AUGGCUACCAAUGCCACUGCUACAGGCGUAUGUCCGGCACCCAUGAAGGCCACUUCAAAUGGUGUUUUUCAAGGCGAUAAUCCUCUGAAUUAUGCGCUUCCUCUCGCCAUCCUUCAGAUUUGUCUCGUAGUCCUUCUCACUCGUGCUCUCUCUUUUCUUCUCCGGCCAAUUCGACAGCCUCGUGUCAUUGCUGAGAUCGUCGGAGGAAUCUUGCUGGGUCCAUCGGCGUUUGGCCGGAACUUGAACUACUUACACACAAUCUUUCCGGCGAAGAGCCUCACCGUAUUGGAUACGUUGGCCAACUUGGGUCUUCUCUUCUUCCUCUUUCUCGUCGGCUUGGAGUUGGACCCCAAAUCGCUCCGCCCUACCGGAAAACGAGCAAUGUGCAUUGCCUUAGCUGGAAUCACCCUCCCGUUCAUCAUCGGCAUCGGUACCUCCAUCAUUCUCCGAUCAACCAUUUCCAAAGGUGUCGAUGAAGCCGCUUUCCUUGUCUUCAUGGGUGUCGCUCUUUCAAUCACUGCAUUUCCCGUUCUGGCGAGAAUUUUGGCUGAGCUCAAGCUUUUGACCACUGACGUCGGUCGUAUGGCCAUGUCUGCUGCCGCUGUCAAUGACGUGGCGGCGUGGAUUCUUCUAGCGUUGGCAAUUGCACUCUCCGGCACUGGCAACUCCCCUCUUGUUUCCCUUUGGGUUUUCUUGUCUGGCUCUGGUUUUGUCCUGUUUUGUAUCUUUUUCUUUCCACCGGUGUUCCGGUGGAUGACGCAACAGUGCUCUGAGGGUGAGCCGGUGAAGGAACUGUACAUUUGUGCCACUUUGUCGAUUGUUUUGGCUGCUGGGUUUGUCACGGAUUUGAUCGGAAUCCAUGCCCUGUUCGGAGCUUUCAUCAUAGGAGUUUUGGUUCCUAAAGAAGGCCCAUUCGCCGGAGCUCUGGUUGAGAAAGUUGAAGAUCUCGUCUCUGGUCUUUUUCUUCCACUAUACUUCGUUUCAAGCGGAUUAAAAACAAACGUGGCAACAAUUAAAGGAGCUCAAUCAUGGGGUCUUCUUGUUUUAGUCAUUUUCAACGCCUGUUUUGGUAAAAUCGUCGGAACUGUUUCCGUUGCCAUGUUCUGCGAAGUUCCAUUACAAGAAUCAUUGGCUUUGGGGUUUUUGAUGAACACGAAAGGCCUAGUCGAAUUAAUCGUUCUAAACAUCGGCAAAGAUAGAAAGGUUCUGAACGAUCAGACAUUUUCGAUUAUGGUUCUAAUGGCGAUCUUCACGACGUUCAUCACAACUCCAAUUGUUAUGGCGGUUUACAAGCCGGAGAAAAAACAGAGCAAAUCCAAUUACGAGUACAGAACACUCGAAAGGGAAGAUCCUGAUUCCCAGCUCCGGAUUUUGGCUUGUUUCCACUCCAUCGACAAUAUUCCGGCGAUGAUUAACCUAAUUGAGGCCUCAAGAGGAAUAGAAAAGAAAGCAGGUCUCUGUGUUUAUGCUUUGCAUUUAAUGGAGCUAACAGAGAGAUCCUCUGCGAUUCUUAUGGUUCACAAAGCACGAAAAAACGGCGUACCCUUUUGGAAUAAAGCUCGGUCCGAUUCGAGCCAGAUUGUUGUCGCUUUCGAAGCAUUCCGGCAGCUCAGCCGGGUCUCAAUCCGACCGAUGACCGCCAUUUCUGCUCUGUCCGAUAUGCACGAAGAUAUCUGCAGUAGUGCAGAGAGAAAAAGGGUCGCCAUUAUAAUCCUCCCAUUCCACAAGCACCAAAGAUUGGACGGAUCUCUGGAAACGACGAGGACCGAUUACCGGUUAGUAAACCGAAAAGUUCUGGAACAAUCGCCAUGCUCUGUCGGAAUUUUGAUUGACAGAGGACUCGGCGGUGGGUCCCAUGUCUGCGCUAGUAACGUCUGCUCCACUAUCGCCGUCUUUUUUUUCGGCGGUCGUGAUGACCGUGAAGCUCUGGCGUUCGGGAAAAGAAUGGCAGAGCAUCCCGGAAUCAGCUUGCAGGUCAUCCGAUUCAGUUUCAUCCCCGAUUUUCCGUCAGAAUCCGCCACCGUCUAUAUAAACAAGGACUCCGCCGUUUUAGACGCCGACGAUAUGGCGUUGGCGUCAAUUGAGUACGAAGAGAGGAAGGUGAGCAAAGGGUGUUCCGCCAUUGAAGCAAUGAAGGAGUUCAGUAAAUGCAAUUUGAUUCUGGUCGGAAGGAUGCCGGAGGGUGAAGUGGUGAGGAGUAUCAAUAUGAACUAUUCCGAGGGUUCGGAGCUUGGGCCAAUUGGCCGACUGUUAGCGUCGCCGCAGUUUUCGACAACCGCUUCCGUGCUGGUGGUGCAAAUGUCUUUAAUAAAGUGA